CACGAAUGAUCGUCGUUCCCGGUCGUUCCACACCUAGCGCGCCAAUUUUUCGUCGUGUUUAUGUUAUUUUUUGGUUUUUUUUUUUUCUCUCGUUUUCACGUAUCACUCGCGCCAGUCGGCCACGAACGCCGAUAAUUACGCGUAAGUCGUCUUUUACUCGUUUCGACGUGAAUAAAUACCGUAGUGGUUGUUCGGUUGAUCCAGUAGCGGCAUAUACCGCGCUAAAUAUCGACGUUGGCGGCGGCUAUCUCUAAAUUUAUUUCGUUAUUAUCGUUAUUGUAAUAUCACCGGUGUACUACUACCCCUUGACCACCAGUCACCCACACACCACCGACAACACUAGACAUUACCACGACUGCACAGGGAACUGAUAUAGAAUCAUCACGGCGGCCGAGAUAGCAUACCCGGUUUACUACACACGGACACGUUUACGACGUACAGAUAUAUUAAUUAAACAAUCAUCAUGGAUCUUGGAACAUUAGAUAGUCUUACUUUCUAUCAAGACUGUAUAGACUUUGACAUGAAAAGUGAUUAUGACCGUGUUCUAUCAAAUAAUAGUUUCAACUAUGAUGAUUCAUUGUCAUUGAAUGAUGACAAUAUGAUGUCUAUGAUGGAUCCGCUCAAUUCUGGAUUAUGGCUCAAUUCUGAUUCUGAUUCACAUCAUCACUUAGACUUUAUGGAAGGCGAUUUAGAGUCAGCUAUCAUGGUUAAUCCUAAUUCUGUAAUACCAUCAUCUGCUGCAGCAGAAAUUAAGAUUAAGGAUGAACCAGUUGAUGUACCAAUUUUACCAAAAACAUAUCUACCUAUUACGAUUAAAAAAGAGAAGCUUGACUCAGUGGAACCUCAAGAAGUUAUGAUAAAGUUUCCUGAAAUUAAUCCUGAAAAUAUAAAAUCUGAAAAAUUGCCAUUAGAAAUAACUAAAGUGGAAGAACUCAAACCUAUACCAAAAGCUAUUAGGCUAUCUGAUUUGUUAAGUCAAACAUCAAGUAUUGGACAACAGAAGACUGAAUUAAUGACUGUACGUGUAACAAUGCCAUCAGCUUUGCCUACCCUAAAGACAACUGUAACUUCUAGGACAGUUCCAAUUUCUUUUGUGAAUAAUACUAUUUCUGGGCAUUACAAAAUUGUUAGGCCUAAGCAGCAAAUAAAACCAAUUCAAUCGAGAAUCAAUGGCAACAAAAUGAAUGAAAGUAUGGGUCUUUAUCCAAGACCUACUUAUUCCUACUCAUGCUUAAUUGCUAUGGCAUUAAAAAAUUCAAGUUCUGGAUCUUUGCCAGUUUCAGAAAUUUAUAAUUUUAUGUGUAAACAUUUUCCGUAUUUUAAGACUGCCAGUAGUGGGUGGAAGAACUCUGUUCGUCACAACCUUAGUUUGAAUAAGUGUUUUGAAAAGAUUGAAAAACCAAUUGGUAGUACAGGUGCCCCAAGAAAAGGAUGUUUAUGGACAAUGAAUCCCAGCAAAAUAUCAAAAAUGGAUGAUGAGAUGCAAAAAUGGUCGCGUAAAGAUCCCUCUGCAAUUAGACGUGCAAUGCUUAAUCCUGAACAUUUGGAUUUACUGGAACGUGGUGAGAUGAAUGAAUGUUAUGAUCGACGUGACAGUUAUUUCUUUGAUGAUGAAGAAGAGGAGGAGGAAGAAAUAAUCAGCCAAGAAAUGACAUCUGAAGAUGACAGAAUCAGUGAUGUUGAAGAAGAAUCUGAUAAUGAGUCAAGAAUCGAUAAGGAUGAUUCACCAUAUCAGCUAAUAACAUUUGGCCUAGAUGAUUUAGCUAACCUUAAUGACCUUGGCAAUGAUAUUGAUGAUGAAGAAGAAAUUGAAGAGAGUUCAAAUGAUGGCAGCUUCGGCAUUGAAGCAUCAGAGUAUAAAACAAACUUUGACGAUUUGAUAUCUGUUCAAGACAUGCCUCUGACAUAUGUAGUUCAGCCCCCAAAUAAGACUGUAGUUAACAAUAAACGACCGUAUCAACAACCUUUAUUUAAGGGUAGUUAUGUGUUGACUAAAAAUGUUACAUCAAGUGUACCAAGCCCAAAGCGAAAAUUCAUCAGUAGGCCAGUAUCAAUAUUAAGAAAUAUUUAAUAUGAAUAUGUGAUGUAAUAUAAGAAUAACUGCGGGCCUUAAUUAAUUUCAAUAUUGGUAAGGUGCAUAGCUUGUUCUGAUGCCCCAAUUUUUGUGUGUGUGAAUAUAAUUUUGGUACCUUUGAGUCUGAAUAGUCAAAUUAUAAUAAAUUACAUAUCAAUUGUGUUAUGUAAUAUAGAUUUAUACCAUUUUAUUUUCUGAGGAUAUUCAUGAUUAUUGCAGAGGUUUAAAUCAUGUAUAUACUUGUUAUUUGUACCUGUACUACAGAUAUAAUUUUAGACUGCUAAUCUAAGUUCCCAAUAGUCAAUUACUAGCUAUUACUUCUAUAACAUUUUUAUUUUAUUUUAUAAUAUUAUAAAUAUAAAUUAAUAGUUAUUUUAACUAGCGUACUGAUAUUUUUUCAAGGAAGUAUAAAUAUCGUAUUUAAUUAAUGUGUAUAUUUAUAAAUAUAGGUUUUACAUAUUGCUUUCUAAAAUAUAUUAAUAAUUAUGAUUUCUAAUUUGUUCUAUUUUAUCAAUUUGUUUCCAUUUUAAUAGCUUAAACUCAAUAUGAUUUACAUAAAUAUAAAUGUAUUUUUGUAUAAUAUAUGUUUGAAGUUGAUGGUCUUUUUAUAGUUCAAACAAAUUUUUAAAACAAAACUAAAUUGAAAUUUAAUAUUAUUAAUUAUAGUUAAAUGAUAUUGAUACUUCCUUUAAACUAAUAUAUUUUUAUAUUUUAUUUUUUUUGUUUAAAUUACAGUUUCAAUGUAAUAAUUUUUGUGAUUAGUAUUUUAACUUAGAAAUAAAAUCCCAGUCAAUAAAAUUUUAUUUCAAUAAUGUACUAUAUGUAUCUGUUAUAAAUUUAAUAAAUGUUUAAUGUAAUCAGGAUAAGUGAAAAUACUAAUUUGCAUUAUUAUUACUAUGAAAAUAUUACGAUUUGUUAUACUUGACUAUUCAGACUCAUUUGUUUUUUUUUUUUAAUGUACUAUUUAGUUGAUUUAUUUUACCAUUCAAUAUAUUAACUAAAUCUAAAAAUAAAGCUUGGGGUUAACAGUACAACACAGUGUAUGUAUAGAAAUUAACUUACUUAAAUAGAUAUAAAAUAUUUUGGUGACAUCCCAAUUGGGGGAUAACUAUAUUUGUUUACAGUGAGAUUAAAUCUUCCAAUAUUUGGUACGAAUUAGUUAAAGAUGUUUGUUAUUUUGAUUACAUUUUGUAUAAUAUGGGUUUUUAAUGUUGUUUGUCAUUGUCUACCUUCAGUUCACUAUUUAUAAUAAUACAGAUGUGGAAUUACUUUGUAAUUCUUUUUAUAAAAAAGAUUUUGUCUUAAUAUUCUAUACUGUAUUGCAUUCUGUUUUAGUAAGAAAAACGUGCCUAUUUUGAUUACCAAUACAUAUAUUAUGUGUUUUUCUAUCAAUAUAUAAUUUUUAUAUCUUUUUUUAAAAAAAAAUUACCAUAAUAUUUGGUAAGCUAACUAAGGAUUAAGUUAACCAUAGAAGACAUUUUCAAUAGAAAAUUAAAUUAUAAGACACAAAAUGUCAAUAAAUUAAGCAUUAUAGUUAAUUAAAAUAUAUUCGUAAGUUAUUAGUUAUAAUGAAGUAGUUUUUUUGAGUGUCAGAAUUAUUGUAGUAUUGUGUACAUAUAACAUAUGAAAAGUCUGCAGCCAUCGGUCAGGUGUGUACCAGAGUUCGAAUUGCAUUUAUAUUGUUUAAUUUAUUUAUGAAUAUACUAUACUAAAUAUAUAUAUAUUUGUACUUUUUCCUGCUUAAUAUUUCAUCUGCCGAUGUGUCAAUUCUAUUAAAAAUAAAUGUCUUGAAUUUUAAA